AUGUCUGAAUCCGGCGACGACUCAAGGACCGCAGCAGUGGGGAGGAAGCGCAAGCAGGUGAGUGAAGCAGAUCGCUUUGGCGCGGCGGCAGCAGCAGCAGCAGCAACAGGUUGGCGUGGCGUAAAGUCACGCCGCUUGUCAAUGACGUCCAAAGAGUCGGGGGAGAUCUCAUCGUCUGGCGGUGAGACUUGCCGCAGCAGCAAUGCCUUCUCCACCUAUGAGGAGUUCAAGAAGACUGCUGGCCAAGACAGGCCGCAGGUGAGUUUUUCUUUGUCUGGUGCCACGCGCACGACCCAAUCUGUCGACUUGUCCAACAACAGCCAGAGCAACCCACUGGACGACGACAGCAGCGAGGAAGACGGCGAGAUCGCGGAGAGCAGCGAUGCAAGCACGAGCAUGAGCGAAAGUGAAAGCUCAAGUGAAGAGGACAGUGAGGCCGAGAGCGACUCUGCACCAUCACACGCGCGUGCCUCUGCCUCUCCUAAUAACACCCACCGCGACCGCGAAGGUGACGCCAGCACAAUGGCCAUCAAACCGCACCCAGAUGGCAUGAUACGCCUUCAUCAACUCACAGACAAGGAGCAAGACGAGCAGUACAAGUAUUUUGACCUGAGAUACGACGACGAUAUCAUCUACUGCAUGUGCUGUGGCGAUCGUGGCCACCAAGCCAGAACUUGCCCAACUCGCCGCUGCACUCAUUGCAACGCCUACGACAAGCACGCCUCACAUGCGUGCCCAACAUUCAGAAAGUGCACGCGCUGCCGUCAGAGAGGCCACGACGCACCGCAAUGCACCAAUACCCAGCCGAUCAUCAUUGGCAACGACACGUGCGACAUCUGCAGCGAGCAAGGUCAUGUUGAAGAAGAAUGCGCUAAGCUCUGGCACACAUCACUAAACCCGCCAUUGAAGGAAAUUGCUAAGACGGCCGAGCGCGACAUGUACAAAGUCUGCUACCACUGCGGCGACAGCGGCUAUGACUCGCACUGGGGCGACGACUGUCCAGAUCGCUACUACGACGAGCGGACGCAGGGACCAAAUUUGGUGAAGACCUGGGGCAAGAAGGAUGCCGCGAAGUUUGUGGAGCCGGAAAGCAACAACAGCGAUGUGGACGAAGAGGAAGAGAGAGAGGACUCAGAGGUGGUGCAGAAGAUGGAGAGUGAUGAGCCAGCUCCGGCAGCAUCGCAGAACUGGCAGGUGGGACUUUUCGACUAUUGA